AUGUAUGCAAAUGUGCAGAUGUUCAUGGGAAAGUUGCAGCAGCUGAUAUACUGCAACGAUAAUGAAUUGAUCAACAACCAAUCAAUUUUAUGUGAAAGGCCGCAAUUCCAACUUCUUUAUGAAGAGCUUGGCUCCAUGAUCCAAACCCUUUUCAACAAAGAAGACCAACAUCUACAGAACUUUGAAGAAAUGAGAAAACUGAAGAAAAGAUUCAAAGCUGCAGCUGAAGAGGCAGAAGAUAUCGUCGAUAUCUUUCUAUCCGCUGUCCACUGUAGAAACAACAGGUAUUCACCUAUAUCUAAUGUCUUUCAACCCUAUCUCCGCCUUGAGGUUGUUAUUCGAUCAAUCGAGUCUAUCAAGAUAGAGUUUAUGACCAUGAACAUCGAUAACAUGAAGAUGGACUCUUCUCUGAGAACUGACAGACUGCAUAUGCAAUCUUCUGGAACUUCCCGCGGUAGAAAUUCAAUCGGAUCGAAGAAAGUAAAGGAAGAAAUGGUUGUGGGGUUUGAUCGUGAUGCUGAGAUAAUACGGGACAAACUUGUUGAAGAUGGAAAGCAUCUGGAUGUGGUCUCUAUUGUUGGCAUGGGUGGAAUUGGUAAGUCAACCCUUGCUAACAAAGUGUUCACUGAUCCUUUUGUUGUUUAUCAUUUUCAUGUCCGUGGAUGGGCAACUGUGUCGCAGACAUAUGACAAACGUGAUCUACUGAUUCAAGUUCUUUCAUCCAUUGAUGAUCGGUUAGAGCUUGAGGAAGCAACAGACUCUCAACUUCAUCAAAUCUUGCACAGGAGCCUAUACUGUAAGAGAUACUUAAUUGUUAUUGAUGAUAUCUGGAGUACACAGACAUGGGAUAAGUUGAAGUUGUUUUUCCCUGACCAUAACAAUGGAAGUCGGAUUCUGCUUACUAGUCGCCUCACUGAAGUUGCUUGGCAUGCAAAAUCACAUGGACUUAUUCAUCAUUUACAACAUUUGACAGAAGAAGAAAGUUGGAAGUUGCUGUGUGAGAAGGUGUUCAAAGGAGAUGAAUGUCCCAAAUGGUUGAUAAAACCUGGAAAGCAAAUUACAAAAAACUGUCAUGGAUUGCCGCUUUCUGUGGUUAUAAUGGCAGGAGUUCUAGCAAAAGAACCAAGAAGAAAAGAUGUAUGGCUAAAAAUUUCUUACAGUGUUCAUUCGUACAUGGCUAGUGACGAGAAAGGAUGUCUGGAAACAAUAGCAUUAAGUUACCACCAUCUACCUCUUCACUUGAGAGACUGCUUUCUCUAUCUGGGAGGGUUUCCAGAAGACUACAAGAUCCAUUCACCAUGGUUGCUUUGGGUAUGGAUGGCUGAGGGAUUUAUACAAGAAGAUGGAAGUCGAAGCUUGGAGGAAAUUGCAAAGGGUUACCUGAUGGAUCUAGUUGACAGAAAUCUUCUAAUUGUACAAAAACGGUAUCUUUCUGGUGAUAUCAGACGCUGUAAAGUCCAUGAUCUUGUGAGGCAGUUAUCGGUGGAAAAGGGAAAAGAAGAAAGAUUCUUCCUAAAAAUAGAACCACCAUCUAAUGGUCUUUGUGAUAUCAUAAGAAAACAAAUCAACAAAUUGAGAAAUCAGAAUAAGGUAAUUACCACACGUAAGCAACGCCGUGUGGUCACAAAUCAAGAAAUCGACAUUAUGAGUUUAUCUCAUCCGCCCACCCCAAGAUUACUAGUUCACUUAAGGCACCUUGAAAUUUGGCUGCCAUCAUUCCCACAAUCAAUAUGCAAUUUAUGGAACCUUCAAACCCUCUUUGUUAGCACAAGUUCUAGUUCUAUGGUUUUACCUAGUAACAUAUCAAAUUUGGUGAAUCUAAGGCAUUUAACCUGUAACGCAGAACUUUAUCUUCCUUCUAUUGAAAAACCGAUGAAAUUGGAAGUUACUACGAAAGUGGUGUUAGGAGAUGGGGUAGAUAAUUUUCAAAAAUGUUUUCCCAGGAUCAAGAGACUUAUAUCUACUUUUUACUAUGGUGAGGAAAAUGACUUUGAAGUACUCCAUUACCUUCAAGUAUUGAUGUUAAUUGGGCCGGGCUACAGCAGAAGGAAUCACAUUAUUAGGUUCCCUGCAACACUGAAAGAACUUACACUUGUAAGGUGUGGUCUACUGUGGAGCGACAUGUCGAUCAUUCAAUCGUUACCUAAUCUUGAGAUUCUCAUACUAAAAGACAAUUGCUUUGAGGGAACCCUGUGGGAAACAGGUGAGGAGCCAUUUCAACAACUAAAAUUCUUGUGUCUUGAAGAGUUUAAUAUCAAAAAAUGGGAAUCCUCAAGUAUCAACUUUCCUUGUCUCAAAGAAUUACAUGUGAGGAAUUGUGUUGAUCUUGAAGAGAUACCCCUUGAGUUAGGGGAUAUCUCAACGCUUGAGUAUAUUUAUGUUUUUGACUGUGGUGCUUCUCUUCUUGUAUCUCUUCAAAAAAUACAACAGGAGCAAGAUGAUGUGGGAAACUAUGAAUUGGAAAUCAUAAUUGAUGGAAGGAAAAUGCCUUCUUGUGUACCCAAGCAUGAAGAUGAAUACAUUUUACUUGACACCAUGAAUGUUUAG